AUUAAUUUUAAGUAGUUUAAUAUGUAUUUUUUCUCCCGUGUUUUGAUCAGAAAAAUCAACCAACUAUCUAACCAACGUUUUGCGUCAGAAGCAGUAACAGAUAUUCAAUCCAAGUUUAGUGGUCUCAGUUUAAAGCAUGGUAUUGAAAAUGCUGAUGCUGAUAUUCACCGGUCACCAUUGGAGCCUGUCUCGGAAAAUGUUCCCACUGUAGAAAUAUAUCCAAACAUUCGGCCAACAUUCAACUUUGCUGCCUAUGUAAAUAAAUCUGAGCCACUACAGCAACUGGUUCGACUAGGUGUCGACCUCCAUAAGCUGGAAAAACGCAAAGGAAUACCGCAAUUUAUCCUAAAACUCGACUUCGAACGAAAUAUGAAACAACAUCUCAGAUUUCUCACCGAUGUUGGUGUUGCUGCGGAAGGCCUAGGAGAAUUCAUAACGAAGAAUCCGUUGAUAUUUAAAGAAGAAAUUGGCAACAUGGAAGUUCGCAUCAACUACUUGCAGUCCAAGCAAUUUAUGCCGGAGCAAAUCACUAGAAUUGUUAGCAAAAACCCGUUCUGGCUAAUGAUCAGCACUAAAAGAAUAGAUAAGCGACUAGGUUUCUUUCAAAAAACCUUCGAACUUGGUGGCAAUGAUGUGCGUUUAUUAACGACGAAACAACCCAGGCUGAUCACGUACAAUUUGGAACACAUUAGAAAAAAUACGUUUGCAAUCAAAGAAGAAAUGGGCUUCGAAAAAGAGCAAAUUAAGCAACUGCUGCUAAGUAAACCUAAACUUUGGAUGAUAAAUGAAGAUAAUCUUAUGCAUCGAUUUGAAUACAUUAAUCGUAAAAUGCAACUUACAAACGCUGAAAUACUUAGAACACCUGAGAUUCUGCUGGCUCGUGAAUACCGGAUAAAACAGCGUCAUGGCUUUUUACAGUUUUUGGGGAAAGCUCAGUACAACCCGCGGAAGGAACUUUAUAUCUCGCCUAAAACGCUGGUUGAAGGUAACGAUCAAGACUUUGUCAUUCAUGUUGCUAAAUCGGAUAUGUUAAGUUAUAACAACUACUUGAAGACACUAUGAUGUUAAAUAUCACAUAAAGAAAUAAAAAUAUAUUGAAGACGAAGGUUGAUCAGAUCAAAUUUAAAACAAACAGUGCCUUGAUUGCUUUUUUGUACAUUAACUAAGUUUGCCGAGUUCAAUUUUUCGUUUCAAUGCAUGGAUCGAGGUAAACAAUAAAGAAUCGAUUA